AUGAACAUUUCUUCUGCAAAUGAGUUCAGCCAGGGAAUUUUCAUAGCAGGACAGAGGGCAGACUGCUUGCUGCAUUACCAGCAUAGCCGCGGCUCGGGGGUGAAGGCUGAAGCUUUCGUUCCCGUGUGUGGGGAAGGUGGGGGGAGCAGAGCAGAGAGCAUGCUGGCCAUGGUGGGGGCAGCCCCAACCCUCCUGGCCCUGCUCAGCAUAACAGCGGCUUUUUGUGAUGCCCAGGACACCUGCCCAGAGGUGAGAAUAGUGGGACUGGGUGAUGCUGACCGACUCACCGUUCUCCAAGGAUGCCCAGGGAACCCAGGUGCCUCUGGCCCAAAAGGAGAACGAGGCCUCGCAGGAGCAAAAGGAGAAAUGGGAGCCCAGGGACUCCCCGGGAAAGCAGGACCGCCUGGUGCAAAAGGAGCAGCUGGAGAGCCCGGCUUCCCAGGACCGACAGAAGCCAGGAGCUGCCAAGAACUACGGGGUAAAGGGAAGAUCCUGAGCGGCUGGUACACCAUCUACCCCCACGGCUGCAAUGCCACCACCGUCUUCUGUGACAUGGACACGGAUGGUGGAGGAUGGAUUGUUUUCCAGAGGCGCUGGGAUGGGUCAGUGAACUUCUUGCGAGAUUGGGACUCAUACAAACAAGGCUUUGGCAGCCAGCUGACGGAGUUCUGGCUGGGGAAUGACAACAUCCACCUCCUCACCUCGCUGGGACCCUGUGAACUCCGCAUUGACCUGAGAGACUUCGAGAACAACUACUACUUUGCCAAGUACGCUUCAUUCAGAGUUUUAGGAGAGCCUGAGAAAUACAAACUGGUUCUCGGAGACUUCCUCGGUGGAAACGCUGGGGACUCCCUCUCCUACCACAAGGACAUGCCCUUUUCAACAACAGACCAGGACAACGACAUGAGCGCCUUUAGCUGUGCCACAGAAUACAAGGGAGCGUGGUGGUACAAUGAUUGCCAUUACUCCAACCUGAAUGGGAUGUACUGGCUGGGCGUUCACGGGAGCUACGCUGAUGGCAUAAACUGGAAGACAGGCAAAGAAUACCAUUACUCCCAUAAGCGAACAGAAAUGAAAUUCAGACCAGUCUGA